AUGCUGGCAUGGCAGGACGGCGGGGCCAAGGCGGCCCCAUCUCACCACAAGAUCUCCUUCUCCGUCCUGGACAUCUUGGAUCCGCAGAAAUUCACGCGAGCUGCCCUCCCGCCGGUUCGUCUCGCUGCCCUGGAAGCCAAGAAAAGUUUAGAGGAGGUGGAAGCAGGAGAAGAUGCCUGCUCGGGGAAUCCAAUCGGGUCACAGGAGACCCCUGAUGCGGUGGGCCAAGGCACUGACCCCGCGUCUUCGGUGGAGGGCUCCGAGGCGGAAGAGGAGGAGGAAGCUGAGGAUGCGGGACGCGCCCAGCGACCAGAGCGCUGGCAAGGUGUCCACGCGGGCUUACCAGAGGCUGGGGCAGUGGCGGUGGGAACGGAGGAGAGCAGCACGGACGGCCUCCCGGCGUCCCCCGGCUCUCCCGGUUCCCCGCGGCCCCGACGACGGCGAGCGGAGUCCAGCUGCGCCAAGCCACGGCGCGCGCGCACUGCCUUCACCUAUGAGCAGUUGGUGGCCCUAGAGAACAAGUUUCGAGCCACGCGCUACCUGUCGGUGUGCGAGCGCCUGAACCUAGCGCUGUCGCUCAGCCUCACCGAGACGCAGGUCAAAAUUUGGUUCCAAAACCGCAGGACCAAGUGGAAGAAGCAGAACCCAGGGGCCGACGGCGCCGUGCAGGCGGGAGGCAGUGCGCCUCAGCCUGGGACACCCGGCGCGGUGGCAGGGGGCAGUGGUGGUGCCACUGGGAGUAGCCCUGGCCCACCGGUUCCUAGCACUCUGCCCUUUCAGACUUUCCCCACCUAUCCUGCGACCAACGUCCUCUUCCCUGCCGCCUCCUUCCCGCUGACGACCGCCGCCACCGGGAAUCCCUUCACUCCUUUCCUUGGGCCCUCCUACUUGACCCCUUUCUAUGCUCCACACCUAUGA